UGUCUUAUUACCUGGCUUUGGGCGUGUCCUCGCUCUGUGAUGACAGAGUCCCUGCGAAGACAGACUUCUUUGAACAGCUGGUUCUGGUUCCAGCAGAUUUUCCUCCUUCUUCUCUUUAUUACACAGUAAUUACCUCUGGGUUGCAAGAGGAACUGGGAGCCACGAGAUUUGAGGCGGCGGGACCUGUCAACAGAAUGUGUCCUCCCCCUGCAUGCGACCCCGAGGCCACCGAGAUGAGCGCCACGGCCGGGCCCUGGCAAGCGCCCACGUCUCACUAGCAGGGAGCCCGCUGGGCCACCAUGGUGUACUAGGCCCGAAGAGCCGGCCGCAGCCUCAGGUCUGCACAGACCCGGGAUUUGCACGGCAGCAGAGUCACCGUGGAGAGGCCAGGGUACCACAAACUUAUGGAUUUUGACAAGAAAGGAGGGAAAGGGGAGUCGGAGGAGGGUCGGAGAAUGUCCAAGGCCGGCGGCCGGACCAGCCAUGGCGUCCGGAGCUCGGGGACCAGCUCAGGGGUCCUGAUGGUGGGACCCAACUUCCGGGUCGGGAAGAAGAUAGGCUGUGGCAACUUCGGGGAGCUCCGGCUAGGGAAGAAUCUCUAUACAAAUGAAUACGUAGCUAUUAAACUGGAGCCCAUCAAGUCCCGGGCGCCGCAGCUGCACCUGGAGUACCGAUUCUACAAGCAGCUCAGCGCCGCAGAGGGCGUCCCCCACGUCUACUAUUUCGGCCCGUGCGGGAAGUACAACGCCAUGGUGCUGGAGCUGCUGGGGCCCAGCCUGGAGGACCUGUUCGACCUGUGCGACCGCACGUUCACGCUCAAGACGGUCCUCAUGAUCGCCAUCCAGCUGAUCACGCGCAUGGAGUACGUGCACGCCAAGAGCCUCAUCUACCGCGACGUGAAGCCCGAGAACUUCCUGGUGGGGCGGCCGGGCACCAAGCGGCAACACGCCAUCCACAUCAUCGACUUCGGCCUGGCCAAGGAGUACAUUGACCCCGAANAUGCCACGUACCUGCGCUACGUGCGGCGCCUGGACUUCUUCGAGAAGCCCGACUACGACUAUCUGCGCAAGCUCUUCACCGACCUCUUUGACCGCAGUGGCUUUGUGUUCGACUAUGAGUACGACUGGGCGGGGAAGCCCCUGCCGACACCCAUCGGCACGGUCCACUCCGACCUGCCCUCGCAGCCUCAGCCUCGGGACAAAGCCCAGCUACACAGCAAAAACCAGGCACUGAACUCCACCAACGGGGAGCUGAACGCAGAUGACCCCACCGCCGGGCACUCCAAUGCUCCCAUCACAGCGCCCGCAGAGGUGGAGGUGGCCGAUGACACCAAGUGCUGCUGUUUCUUCAAGAGAAGGAAGAGAAAAGCAGUGCAGCGCCACAAGUGACCCUGGGGCCCUGGCACCCUGAACCCUCCUGCCGCAGCCCCCUGGGGCAAGCCUGGCCCCGGCCGUGGGGCCCACAGCCAGGACACACACUGCUGGGCCGGCCACAGCUGCCCGCCCCCGCCCCGCACGCGGGGUCACUUCUUUCACAAGAGACUUUGGCCGAGAUUUCUACACCCGUGUCUAGUCCUCCCCUCCAAGAGCAUUAACUAUUUGAAACAAGGAGAAGAGCAACAGCGGCCACCCUGCCCUGCGCCCCUCCCGCCCGCCUGCUGAAGUGAGUAGUUGGCCGCCCGCGCCGGCCAGCCUGUCCCGUUAGUCUCAUAAAGUCCAGCUUGUCUCCCUCGAUCCAAAGGCCGUUUUCUCGAGGGGGCACUGUGGGCGUUGCUGCCGGGGGCGAGCCUGCCCUGGGCCUCCCCGCACCACAGGGGAAGGCGGGGUGGGGGGGCCCCCCAACCAAAAUGCUGCACCAAAGCCUGGGCCGGCGGGCACAGCCCCGCAGGGUUUCCUGCCGCACCUGCUCAUGGAGCCGUGUCCAGGGCCCGGAGUCCCGGGGGCGGCCACCUGCUUGGCGCCCGGGCCUUGGUCUGUGCCCGGGUGUGCGUGGGCUUCUCGUGUCCGUGCUCCACGCCGCCGGCGGAGCAGCAGGAGACAAGCGCCUUAAAGCCCUGUCCCAGCCCCACAGGUGCGUCCGGGGCCGGGCAGCCCUGGUGGGAGUGCAGUCCUCCUGGGCCCCCUGGAGGGCCUGUGCUGCCACUUGGGGUAGUGCAGCCGGGGGAUGGCCUGGCAGCGGCGUGUGUGUCUAGGUCUUGCUUUACACGGUGUACAGAAAUGGCACUUUGGUGUCUCUGACGCUUCCUGGAAGCCAUAGAGUUUAGGGGCUUUUUUAAAAAAAUAAAGGAAAAUGAAAGCA